AUGUCUGCUUCGGCACCGAAGGCAAAGAAAGCGAAAGCUUUGACAUCCCAUCCGCCAGUCCUCGAGAUGGUUAAAGAUGCCCUCGCUUCCAGCAAGGAUCGUAAGGGUACCUCUCUUGCGACUAUCAAAAAGUACGUCGCCUCCCAUUACAAAGUUGACAUGAAACGGAUUGCCCCUCAUCUUCGUCGUGCAAUUGUCCACGGGGUCGAAAACGGGGCUCUUGUUCGUGUUGCCAAUAAGGGUACCGGAGCUUCAGGCAGUUUCAAGUUAGCAAACAAGGUUGUCGAAGGAAAGAGUUCGAAGUCACCAAAAGUCCAGAAAAGGAAGUCAACGAAAGUUUUGCUGAAGACUGCACCCACCGAUGUAGCUCAAAAGAAAGUAGUCGCGCCUAAAGCUAAGGCUUCAGGCUCGAAAUUGGGGAAAGCGGGGAAGGCUAUUGUUGGGGUUAAAGUGAAGAAGGCGAUGCCAGAAUUGGCUGGAAAAGCUGCGAAGUCGAAGAAGCCUAAAAAGGCGGAAGGUUCGAAGCUUAAGGCCUCUGUCAAGAAGUCGAAAGGCGUGGCACCAAAGCCAAAAAAACAGGUCAUCAAGAGGCCUGUAAGGUCUUAA